AUGGCAAAGGUUCCUGAUCUCAACAUACCCGCUUCGACGUCUACCGUCGAUGUGUCCAUCUUGAAUACUAGUGGUACGAUUCGCGGUCUCAGCCCUACCUUUUUCUUCGGGCCCAAAAUCGAAGGCCAUGAAUAUCUCGCGGGGCCUUGCUAUGCCUUCUUGAUUCAGCAUCCGGUUUCUAAACGGACCCUUGUGUUCGACCUCGGUAUUAGGAAGGACCUUGAAAAUCUCCCGGCGUCAACACGAGCAAAUUUUGACGCCAUGGGGGUUACCGUAACAGUACCGAAGCAUGUCCGCGAAAUACUUGAUGAGGAAGGAGUCGAUACUAAAAGUAUCGAAGCUGUAAUUUGGUCCCAUUCUCACUUCGACCACACGGGAAACCCGGCCACGUUCGAGCCUAGCACUACGCUGAUCAUCGGUCCCGGAACAAAGAAGGCUGUCUUCCCAGGAUACCCGGCUGACCCGAACUCCCCAUAUCUCCUCGAGUCCGAUCAUGCGGGCCGUGAGGUGAAAGAGCUCGACUUUUCCAACUCUAAUAUAAAAGUUGGGAAGUUCUCGGCCAUCGACUAUUUUGGAGAUGGUUCAUUCUACUUGCUCGAUACUCCAGGUCAUUGCAUCGGCCACAUUUGUGGCUUCGCACGCGUGACUAGCAACCCGGACAGCUUCAUCCUAAUGGGUGGAGACGGAGUGCAUCACGACGGCGAGCUGCGACCUAGCCAUUGGCACCCCUUGCCGGACUCCAUCUCGCCACACCCGUUCAGUCCUGUGACUGCAGCACCUUGUCCUGGUGAACUAUUCCACAAAGUUCUUCGUGAAGGCAAAGAUGAGCCGUUCUACCUUCCAGCAGAGGGUCCGUUCCACGAAAAUUCGUUACUGGCGACAGAGACGAUCAAGGGGUUACAAGAGUUCGAUGCGCACGAGGAAAUCUUUUUCGUUCCGGCUCACGACCAGUUCCUUAUUGGCGUAAUAGACUUCUUCCCGAAGCCUGCCAACAAUUUCUUGGAGAAGGGCUGGGUAAAGAAGUCUAGAUGGUUAUUCCUGGCGGACUUCGCCAAAGCCGUGGGGCAUGAGGGUAAGAUAGAGAGUACUGGAGAUUAUACUCCGCUUCCAAAGAAUAAAUAG